AUGGGGCAGGAGGUGACCGUCCAUGUACCACCCGUGGUCGUCACGGCACUAGAAGAUAAAGGAGGGCAUUGGGGGUCCUGGUCACAGGACUCGGGACCUUUGCUACGUUCCAAGAGCAAUUCCAAGGUGGGGAAGAGGUGUACGCGGUUUGAAGACCUGUCUCCCAGCUGGACAUUGCUGCCUGCAGAGUGGGAGCAAGUGAGGCCCAGGUGGCAAGAGCAGCUCGAGCCAGCAAAGGCAGAGUGGGCGGCGUGGGGAGCCUGGUCUGCGGGGAAGGACCGACAGCAACCCCAGGAUGUGUCAGGUGUCUUGUCUGAGCAGGACGAUUGGGAAGACAAAUAUGAUAAAGAGCUGUGCCAAGAAGAGGAAACCCUCAUCUACAGCAUCUGGGCCAACCCCUCAUUCCUGGAGUUCUACCAGGACACCCACGCUGGUCUCCAGGAUGGGCCCUGCUGGCUGAGCAGUGUAGGCAGAGGGACAUCAGGAGACAAAGCCAGAAACCUGCAGGGAGUGUCCCCUGUCCCAGAGGAACACAUGGAUGAUAAGCCAGCAGCUGCUGCCCUGACCGGAGCUCCUGUGGAAGAGUGGUACUGCGCAUCUCUAGCUACCGUAGGAAAAGAGGCGAGGAAGACACCAGCUUCUCCUCUCCUCAGUGAGCAGCCCACAGCUGUGGCAGAGAGCCAGGCUGCUGCCCCACACAGCCCCAUAGCCUACAACAUGGCUCUGCAGGACACAGACGACUGCAAAAUGAGAGAGGUCCUGCACGAGGCAUUGCCUGCGAUACAGGAGCUCAGUCAGCAGCUGGCAGAACAUGGAGACCCGGCACAAAGUGUGGGUGUGGGUGCGCCAAGGUUCUUGUCUGAGGAGGAAAACUGGGAACGUGAUGAUAUAGAGCUGUGCCGAGCGGGAAUCAUCAUCUACAGCAUCUGGGUCAACCCGUCAUUCCUGGAGUUCUGCCAGGAGCCCCGUGGUGGUUUUCAGGAGAGGCAGCCAGAUAACACGUGGCCCUGCUCCGAGCCCAGGGAUGAGCCCGAGGAUGAGCCAGCGUUGGUGGAGCUGCGGAUCGCAGCAAUUCCAGCCGGCACUGAGGGACUCUUGGGGAAGACCUCUGAUUCCCGGACCAACGACUCCAAAGCAACGUUCCCCCGGGGGUCCUGGUCACAGGACUCGGGACCUUUGCUACGUUCCAAGAGCGAUUCCAAGGUGAGGAAGAGGUGUACGCGGUUUGAAGACCUGUCUCCCAGCUGGACAUUGCUGCCUGCAGAGUGGGAGCAAGUGAGGCCCAGGUGGCAAGAGCAGCUCGAGCAAGCAAAGGCAGAGUGGGCGGCGUGGGGAGCCUGGUCUGCGGGGAAGGACCGACAGCAACCCCAGGAUGUGUCAGGUGUCUUGUCUGAGCAGGACGAUUGGGAAGACAAAUAUGAUAAAGAGCUGUGCCAAGAAGAGGAAACCCUCAUCUACAGCAUCUGGGCCAACCCCUCAUUCCUGGAGUUCUACCAGGACACCCACGCUGGUCUCCAGGAUGGGCCCUGCUGGCUGAGCAGUGUAGGCAGAGGGACAUCAGGAGACAAAGCCAGAAACCUGCAGGGAGUGUCCCCUGUCCCAGAGGAACACAUGGAUGAUAAGCCAGCAGCUGCUGCCCUGACCGGAGCUCCUGUGGAAGAGUGGUACUGCGCAUCUCUAGCUACCGUAGGAAAAGAGGCGAGGAAGACACCAGCUUCUCCUCUCCUCAGUGAGCAGCCCACAGCUGUGGCAGAGAGCCAGGCUGCUGCCCCACACAGCCCCAUAGCCUACAACAUGGCUCUGCAGGACACAGACGACUGCAAAAUGAGAGAGGUCCUGCACGAGGCAUUGCCUGCGAUACAGGAGCUCAGUCAGCAGCUGGCAGAACAUGGGGACCCGGCACAAAGUGUGGGUGUGGUAAUGGCAGCAGCACCACCUGCAGCACCUCAGGACAGUGAGCCUCCCUUGUCUGGGGAGCCUCAGAGAGAGCCCAGCACAGCCACUGAGUCUCCAGCAGCACACAAGGAUGAAGUGGCUCCUUCAUUGCCUCAACCCCCCGCCCCAGAUGAUGCUGCCCUACCCCACCUUGAGCCAGCAGGGGACAACAAAAGAGAUUACAUGGAUUCUACCUUGUCUGCAGAGUCUUGGCACCAGGUGAGCCCAGGGUGCAUUGCUGGCAGCGACCAUCACGAGGUACUGUAGGCACGUAUAGUGUCCAGGAUGUGUGCAGCUGGGAGAUGGCUGGUGCUGUCCAUGUCAUCCCACUGACAUCCCCUCCAUCCCCUGCCUGUGCUCUUCUUCUCCCCGUGUAAGUGGCCUCCCAGCACAGAGGUGACGCACAGCCCUCCUCUGGCUGCAGAG